AUGGAUGUCUCGUUUUGUCCGACCAAAUGUAGUUUUUGGAAGGUUUUCUGGCUCUGGAGCAUUUGGGGGGACUACUUGGUUUCCGUUUUGGGUUGCCCUGCCAACUGCCUUUGCAACAAGACCGACAUCAGUUGCAAAAAACCGGACGAUGGCAACCUCUUCCCUCUCCUGGAGGGGCAAGAUUCGGGAUCCACCAAUGGAAACGCCAGCAUCAACAUCACGGAUAUCUCUAGGAAUAUCACUUCGAUAUACAUAGAGUACUGGAAGAAUUUGCAGACUUUGCAUGCCGUAGACAUGGAGCUGUACACAGGACUCCAGAGAUUGACAAUCACGAACUCAGGGCUCCGAAGCAUCCAGCCGCGGGCGUUCGAUAAGAAUCCUCACUUACAUUACAUAAAUCUCUCAGGUAACCGGCUGACCACUCUUUCGUGGUUACUCUUCAAGACGCUGAGGCUUACGGAAUUGAAGUUGGAAAAUAAUAUUUUUAACUGCAGCUGUGAUAUCCGUUGGAUCCAGCUGUGGCAGGAGAGAGAAGAAGCCAAUUUGCAGAACCAGGACUUGUACUGCACAGGCAUGGAGACCAGCCACAUACACAUACAGGAGCUGAAUAUCAACCAGUGCGAUUUGCCCGAGAUCAGUGUCAGCCAUGUGAAUCUGACCGUCUGUGAAGGUGAAAAUGCUGUUAUCACAUGCAAUGGGUCCGGUUCUCCUUUGCCAGAUGUUGACUGGAUUGUGGUCAACCUGCGCUCUAUCAACACGCAUCAGACAAAUGCCAACUGGACUAAUGUUCAUUCCAUCAAUUUAACCCUGGUGAAUGUAACCAGUGAAGACAAUGGGUUCCUGCUCACAUGCAUAGCUGAGAAUGUGGUAGGAAUGUCUAAUGCCAGCGUACUCCUCACUGUAUACUCUCCUCCCCGUAUCCUCAGCCUACUGGAACCUAUUCGGCAUAUGGAACACUGUAUCGAGUUUUCGGUGCAUGGGAACCCUCCACCCCAAAUUCAUUGGCUGUACAACGGCCAGUUUCUUAGACAGACGGCCUUCAUCCGCAUGGAUGUCUACCAGGGUGGGGAUAUCACAGAUGGCUGUUUGCUGUUCAACCAUCCCACUCAUUACAACAAUGGCAACUACACCAUCGUGGCUACCAACUACUUGGGAACAGCCAACCAGACCGUCAGAGGACAUUUUCUGGAGAAACCAUUUCCAAGCAUUUCAGAUAUCUUUGUCACAUAUGAGUACAGUCCAAGUCCUUCCCCUCUUAUCACAGUGACACAUAAGCCAGAGGAAGACACCUUUGGGGUAUCUAUCGCAGUGGGUCUUGCGGCUUUUGCCUGUGUUCUCCUGGUGGUCCUAUUUAUUAUGAUCAACAAAUAUGGACGGCGAUCAAAGUUUGGAAUGAAAGGUCCUGUGGCUGUAAUCAGUGGAGAAGAGGAUUCUGCCAGCCCUCUUCAUCACAUCAACCAUGGCAUCACCACACCUUCAUCAUUGGACACCGGCCCAGACACAGUGGUGAUCGGUAUGACCCGGAUUCCUGUCAUCGAAAACCCACAAUAUUUCCGACAAGGCCACAACUGCCAUAAACCAGACACAUGUUUCAGAGAAAUUAUGUUGAAUCCAAUAACCCUUCCUGGACAUUCUAAUCCUCUUAACCAUCAUGGCAUUUAUGUUGAGGAUGUCAGUGUUUAUUUCAGCAAAGGACGUCAUGGCUUUUAA